UCCAGCCUUCUGGGAGGGUCGUGACUGCCCAGCGGAGGCGCGGCCAAGAGCGCAGCCAAACAAUUUAUUUAACCACCCUUGGAUUAUCGCUUCGUCAAACCGGGAGGCUAUUCCUCCACCGAAACACCUGGCGGUACCCCACCCCCGUUUCCUCCUCCUCCAAUCAACACCCCCUGUCUGUUCGAAGAUGGUUUUCAAGGAAGAUGCGCCGCUCUGAAAUUCCCAUUGACCUUCGGAUCUUCUCAGCGGCGGCGCCAGCACCGAGCGACGCGCUGCUGCCGCUAUCUCCUCCUAACACUCCCUGCUCUCUCUGACCGCCUCACUAUCGUUGGAUCCCUUGAUUUUUUUUAUUCCUCCUAAACAAACAAGACUGAGGCAGAUGCUCCUCGCUCUGUCAUCCCGGCGGCUUGUACUAUGGUGGAGUUCCCAUCUCUCAGUCCUUACUGGCCUCUCCUCCGCUUCCUGGUGCCUCUGGCUAUCACCAAUGUUGCCAUCGACCUCGGGGAACAGGCUCUCAACAGGGGCAUAGCCACAGUCAAGGAGGACACGGUGGAGAUGCUGGCCAGCUAUGGCUUGGCCUACUCCCUCAUGAAGUUCUUCACUGGUCCCAUGAGUGACUUCAAGAAUGUGGGCUUGGUGUUUGUGAACAGCAGGCGCGACCGGAGGAAGGCUGUGUUGUGUAUGCUGACGGCCGGAGUCAUCGCCUUCGUCCUCCACAUCUUGAUAGCAUAUACAGAUUUAGGAUACUACAUUAUCAAUAAGCUCCACCAAGUGGAUGAAUCUGUUGGGGGAAAGACGAGAAAGGCGUUCUUGUACCUAGCUGCAUUUCCUUUGCUGGACGCAAUGGCAUGGAUUCAUGCAGGCAUCCUCCUCAAGCACAAGUACAGUGUCAUUGUGGGUUCUGCCUCCAUCUCUGAUGUCGUGGCUCAGAUUGUGUUCGUGGCCAUUUUCCUGCACAGUAACCUGGAAUGCGUGGAGCCCAUUCUCAUCCCGAUCCUCUCCCUGUACAUGGGUGCCUUGGUCCGCUUCAGCAUCGUCGGUAUCGGCUACUACUGCAACAUCCAUGACAACAUUCCAGACUCCAGCGGGCUCGACGUUGGGGGUGACGCAACAAUCAAAAAGAUGCUCAGCUUCUGGUGGCCACUGGCGCUCAUCUUGGCCACGCAGCGCAUCAGCCGACCUAUCGUCAACUUGUUUGUGUCUCGAGAUCUCAAGGGGUCCGCUGACGCCACAGAGGCCGUGGCGGUGCUCACAGCCACAUACCCAGUGGGUCACAUGCCCUACGGCUGGCUGACGGAGCUCAGAGCUGUGUACCCGGCCUUUGACAAGAACAAUCCCAGCAACAAGAUGAAUGCUGGCAGCCCGGUUAACAAAUCUCACAUUAAGAAGUUUACCUUCUGCUGUCUGGCCCUGUCGCUCACGCUUUGCUUCGUGCUGUUCUGGACCCCACAUGUGUCCGAGAAGAUCCUGGUGGACAUCAUCGGAGUGGAGUACACCUUUGCCACGCUCUGCGUGGCGCCGCUUCGGAUCUUCUCCUUCUUCCCAAUGCCAGUGACCGUUCGGGCUCAUCUGACAGGAUGGCUCAUGACCCUGAAAAAGACCUUCGUCCUGGCUCCCAGCUCCGUUCUGCGUAUCGUCGUCCUGAUCAUCAGCCUGGUCGUGUUGCCUUACAUGGGGGUCCACGGGGCCACACUCGGCGUCGGGUCCCUCUUAGCCGGUUUCGUCGGUGAGUCGGCAAUGGUCGCCAUAGCAGCCGGCUAUGUUUAUAGACAACAGAGAAACAGCGAGAUGUCCAACGAGCUGGUUGUGGAGGGAGGCGAUUCCCCCACCCAGAUGGACGCCAUCGAGGAGCUCCAGGUGGAAGAGGAGGCGGAGCAGGAGUGAGCGUCCAAAGCACAGGAGGACAACCUCGAUGAGGAAGGUCUGCAGAGGACGAGGUGGCUCGGACUGGGGAAAACGUCCUCGUCGUGUCGACCUGCACACUAUUGAAACGCACACUGUAAAGAAAGCCAUGCACCUCCAACCCAUCGGUGUAAAUACUGUCCCUGGUUAGCCCUGUCCCUUUAGCUGGGUGUUUCCAUAUGUUUUCACUGGUUAGAGGGAAACCGACACUGGAGAACCUUCUCCUCAGCAGCAGGAAGGAUGAGCCGAGUGUGGAGUUGCCAAAAAAAAAAAAAAACUAGAGCUCAACAUUUGGUUACUUUAUCAGUUUAGAUCUUGUUGGAUUCAAAUGCAGACACAAUGUGGAAAUUGUUGGGUUGUGCAAUUGUGUUUUACAUACUACGGUGUACAGAUUAUUGUUUAUAUUGGAUUGUGUAUAUUUAAUUGCUGCAAGGGGUCAGGAAUCCCUCAUCAAACCACUGCGUGUUCAAGAAUAGCUCUGUUUCCCUUUCAGUUCAAUCUGGGAGUUGGACCCACUUUGUUUUGCCAAACCUUUUUCCUGCUAGUAUUCAGACUCGUGCUGUACAUACUGUAUAGGCAUUCUUAUUUACAAAUAAAUUGCUUUAUUAUUAUUAA